GUAUGAAUUGACACGUGGACGGACCAUUCCCUGUUGGCGAGAGAGGGGGCGUAAGCAUCAUUGUUGGGGGCAAAACUGUCAUUCUAGUUUCGACUAUAAACAGGCCCUUCUUUUUCUCCUCCCUUUCCUCUCCUCGCUCUUCUCUGUUUCUCUCGACAGCCCUUCGUUUCCUUCCGCAAUGGCAGCAUCUCCUCCCUGUUCGUGAACGCCUCUCCAUCUGCGAUGCCUCGGAAGGUGAUCUCCGUCCCAAGCACGCAAUCCUAUCUUGAAUCUUUUUCCUCUUUAUGAUCCCAUGAUUAAACAAUUUCUGGCUCUGAUCUUAAAAAAGAUGUUUUUGGUCUCUUUGUUUCCACAUUGAUUCGGUGCUAUUCCAAUCCAAUUCUUUACGCAAUAGAGAUUCUUAUUUCCUGUUGGAAAUUGAUAUGUUGAUGGUCGUAUUUCAUGACUUUCUGGCGGAACAUCUGCUUGUUUUGGUUUACCUUAUGAGCCAACAUGACAUUGAUCGAAAAUGCCAAGUUGGUACAGGCACUACAUACAUUUCCCUUUAAAUUAAUUGUUCUUAUGUUUCUUUGAUGCAAUCAUGACGUUCUUGUAAUGUGGCAAUGUAAUAAGGAACCUGUGUGGAUGAUAGAACAUUCCGGCUGCAAUUUGAAGAAAAUAUUAGGGUGUUUAUUUGAGUAUGUUUUAUAUUAUUUUGAGAAAAGGUUAGGCUGUUGAUGCAUACCAAGAUACACAUAAUCUGAUUCGAUUAUAUUUAAGCCCUUUUUGCAAUUGGAAGCAAGAAACUACAAGACAUAAUCCUGGAUUGUCUGUAUUUGAUGCGUUCUUCUAUUUAAAGAAAUCAAGGAAGAAAAUUCCAACUGCAUUAUGCUCGUGCAAUGUGUACUGUCUAUAGGGCCCAUAAAUUCCAUGUUUUGGGCCAUUUUGGAAUAUGAUUAGUGAUACAGUGAUGCUAAUCACCACAUGCCUUCAUGUUUGUUCAAUCGCCAUAAGUUCUGAAGAUGUUUUUACUGCUUCAUACCAUGUGUCAUUGUUUUAAUCGUUUGAUGGGUGUCCCAAGCUGAGGGCUACCAUUGUUUUAAGCCUAAUCAUUUUGAUAGAUUCAGAAGAAACAUCACAAUAGCAUUCUUCUUCUUUUUUUUAAUUUGAAAAGCAUUUUCAUUCAAUUAAAUGAUAUAUGAUACUCACAUGUGGACUUGAGUCUGAAACCUAUCACUUGUGCAGUAAUAUACUAACCAACUUGGAUGCCUCAACAAAGACAUUCUUCUUCAGUUUAAAUUUGAAUUGUAUAUUUGUGGCAGCAGGCAGUGUGUUACAAUGUUGUGCUCCUUCCCAUCAAGCCAUGGAUUAAGCAGUUCAAUAUUUCCUUGAUCUGCAUCGUCAUUGUACCAAUUGAUAGAGAUUCAUCACCAGUCUAAAACGAAGUUUUAUUAGGUUAAGAAUACAUUGGUACUACAUAAAGGCCUUAUUUCUUUGAUUUGAGUAUGAUAAUAUUUUUAGAAGCUGAAACUUAAUUAAACAUUGUGCCAGGUGAAAUUUGAUCAAAUCUGUGCUUUUUAAAACUUUGCAUUUGAUUUUAUUAGCAUUCAGGCAUUGGACUCCAUCUUGGUGUUAUUUAUUUUGCUUCCCAAUAAUUAACCAAAGUUUUGUCUUGUACAGUCAGAAGAACUAUGAAUUCUUGUGAUCACUGAUUCUUGGUGUGCCUGAUUCAUCACUGUUGGUACUCUGUGUGUCCAUUGCUUGUUAAGUCCUCCCACCAUGAGCGACGAAAGUGUGAAGAUGACAGGGAUCUGGCAGAUAGUAAGACUCAGAGAGAUGCUGCAUAAAUGGCAAUUGGUUGCCCUCAGUAAAAAGGAGGAGCAACCAUGUUCAUCUGGUAUUCCCCCUUCUGUCGACAAGCGCCUAAAGAAUGUGUUGUCCCAAUGUGACUCAGAUGAAGAGAGCUGCCAAAGCCCGCAACCCCCACCUGAUGUCCCCAAGGGUCACUGCCCGGUCUACAUAGGACCAGAGCAGCGGAGGUUCGUCAUACCGACAAGUUACCUGAGCCUUCCAGUGUUUAAACUGCUCCUAGAGAAGGCUGAGGAGGAGUUUGGAUUUGAUCAUCGGGGCGCGCUCAUGAUCCCUUGUGAGGUGGAAACUUUCAAGUAUAUUCUCCUCUGCAUGGAAAGAUAUAAAAAGGGCCUCAUUGAUGAUGAAGGAAAUCCAACAGGCUUAGAGGAAUAGUACUACUUGGACUUGUUUGCAUUCUGCAGUGUGGAAGGCCUGAUUCAUUUACAGCUAAGUGGUUGCCUUCUGAUCAAAGAUAGAGAUUUCGUUUUUGCUAAGACAAAUUUGUUGGAAUCCUAUGUACUCAGUGUAUUGCGUGUAAGGAUUUGAGGUUCAACCCUUUCUGUUUUCCUUCUUCUUCCCUUCUUUUCCUUAUGAAUCAAUGGGUUUGCUGUACUGGUUCUUUACAGUCUCGAGAAAUGAUUCUGUUAACAUGUGACUAUUGUGAUCCUUGGUUUCGAUUAAUCCACUUUUGUUGGUUAUUACA